AUGACGGACACGAGUGGGCUGUCCAUCCUCAACGCCAAGCCCAAGAAGCUUCCAGGACCGCAGCUGCUACACCAUCUCAUUGCGCCUCCAGGCGACUCGCAGGCUCUCGAGUACCUCGCCCACGGCCAGAAAACAUCAUUCACGUACCGCCGCCUCCACGAUUCCGCAGAAUGUAUCGCCAAGCACAUCACAAACGAGCUGAGACCUUGCAAAAGUCCACAAGAGGAGCUGGUCGUUCCUCUGCUCCUUCCCCAGAGCCCGCUCCUGUAUAUUUCCCAACUCGCCAUCCUCAAAGCUGGCGGCGCAUUCUGCCCCCUCAACCUUGAUGCCCCGCCAGAGAGAAUCAGAUUCAUCCUCAAGGAUGUGUCUGCUAGCAUCGUCCUUACAACUGCCGAUCUUGCACCCAAGAUACCCGUGGAUGCUGGCGUAACCGUCAUUCAAGUCGACAACAUUGACACGACUCCAAGCAAUGGAGUCACCGAGCACCGAAAGCCUGGGCCAGACGAUCUGGCCUAUGUCAUGUAUACGUCCGGGUCUACUGGCACGCCAAAGGGAGUUGGCAUCUCGCACUCCGCGGCGGCGCAGGCAUUGCUCGCGCACGACCGGCAUAUCCCCCAAUUUUUCAGGUUUCUCCAGUUCGCGGCCCCAACUUUCGACGUCUCCGUGUUUGAGAUAUUCUUCCCGCUUUUCAGAGGCCGCACCCUCAUCUCCGUGCGCCGAGAGGAAAUGCUUGACGACUUGCCUCAAGUUCUCCGUCAGAUGGAUGUGGACGCCUGCGAACUGACACCCAGUGUGGCGGGCAGUCUGUUAAGAAAGCGAGACAACGCCCCUAGACUAAAAUUGUUAUUGACAAUUGGUGAGAUGCUCAACGCACCAAUCGUGGAUGAGUUUGGAGGCGGGCCAGGCCGCGAGAGCAUGCUUUGGGCCAUGUACGGACCAACAGAAGCCACGAUCCACUGCACCCUGCAGCCGGCACUGCUUUCGAGUUCGUCCACUGGAAACAUUGGCUCGCCGCUGGACACGGUCUCCUGCUUCAUAAUCGAACCGGGGACCACAGCCGAGGGUCACAACUUCAAGAUUCUGCCGGUGGGCGAGGCUGGAGAGCUGGCCGUUGGUGGCCACCAGCUUGCGAAAGGUUAUCUGAACCGACCGGAACAGACGACAUCUGCUUUCAUUCCCACUCAAUACGGUCGUGUAUACCGAACUGGAGAUAGAGCGCGUAUUACCGCCAAGGGAACACUCGAGUGUCUUGGCCGCUUGUCUAGUGGGCAGGUCAAGCUCCGCGGCCAGCGCAUCGAGCUUGGCGAGAUUGAGCAAGUGAUACUCAAGACACCUGGAUGCCACGGCGCGGUAGCAGCUGUUGUGGACUCUAACCUCGUGGUCUUUUGCGCGGUCGACGAGGAUGUCGCCGAGAACGCGGUUGUGACAAACUGCGAAAAGUGGCUUCCCCGCUUCAUGGUUCCCGGCGAGAUCGCAUUGAUGAGCGAGUUUCCGCGUCUACCUAGUGGCAAGGUGGACACGAGGAAGCUCAAAUCCGAUUAUAGCCUGCAAAAGUCGGAACGAAUGAACAACGAACUCGCGGAGGAGCUGUCAGCUCAUGACCAGGCCAUUGUUCGAGCAGUCUCCGAAACCCUCGGGCUCAAGGUGACGACGCAGACAGAUCUCUCCUUCGCAGGAUUGGACUCUCUGAGGGCCAUCAGGUUGGCCUCAUCCUUGCGCAACGCAGGCUUGGAGACCACGGCAACGAAACUGCUGAGACAAAGGACCGUUGCUGACGUCUGUGCCAAUGUUCAUCAGCGGAAAGAUAACGUGCCAGGCAGACAAGACGGUCCUCGCUUGAGCCUUCUAGACAGGAUUGAAGAGAUUGGGGCCGACAAUGCAGCUCUUCAAGCGUGUGAAGCGCAGGUCGAGGACAUCUUCCCGUGCACCCCGCUGCAGUCUGCCAUGCUUGCUGAGACGGCCAAGAACCAGCACGCGUAUUGCAACGAAAUUGAGCUACGGAUCGCUCCUGGCUUUGCAGCUGCGGAUGUCGAAGCGGCCGUGAUGCAGGUCGUCAACGCAAACGAGAUUCUGCGGACAGGCUUCACCUUGUGGGACGGCCGGCAUAUGGCUGUCCUCUUCAAACGAUUCCCUGACACGAUUCACCUCGUCUCUACAUUUACAGAAGAUCUUGACUUCACGGCACCGAGUGAAUUUCUCAGACCGUUCAGAGUUCAGGUCAAGUCCUCAGCGGAUGGAGCAGCACAAAGCGCGCUAAUACAUGCCCACCAUGCGACAUACGACGGCUGGUCUGCGGACAUGAUGCUCGCCGACAUUACGGCUCUGCUACAAGGAGCUGCGAUGCCUCCUCGGCCCCAAUUUAGAGAGGUUGCACGAUACCAUGUGGGUGACCACAUAACGACUGCCAAUGAUUCGGCGAGGUCAUUCUGGAGCGAGCAAUUCCUUGGAUGGAACAGGACGCCGUUUCCUAAGCUGGUCGCCCGACGCUCACAGAAUACAAUCGAGACGACCCAAGCGAGCAACAGUCUGUCCCACGACGCUGUACAAAGCGUCAGUCGACAAUUAGGGUUGAGCCCUCAAGUCUUCUUCCAAGCAGCACUGGCGCUGGCAUGGAGUGGCAUUGUGGGCGAGCAGGAUGUCAUGUUGGGGUUCGUCACGUCUGGGCGAACAAUGCCCAUUGACGGUAUUGAAGAGAUCAUUGGUCCUUGCUUAGCAUCUCUACCAUUGAGGGUAAAUCUGAGCGGCAUAGCAACCAAUUUGGGCCUCUUGAGGAGCAUCCACGCCACGAAUCGGGCCAUCAUGGAGCAUUGCACUCUGCCCCUCUCUGAUAUCAAGAAGAUUGCUGGGCUGAGUUCCGUGGAAAGUCUCUACGAUGUUCUGUUCGUGUAUCAAGAGUCACCAGCGACGAAGGAUUCCGACACCCUGCUCAUUAGACAGGCCGCCCACCUCGACCGCCUCGAGACCAACCUGCUAAUUGAAGUUGAGCCGAGAGAGGACACGUUCCUUUUGCAGGCUACCUUUCACUCCUCGCACAUGUCACCAGAUUUUGUUGAACAUCUUCUGCAACAGCUCCAGAACGUUGUGACUAAUAUCUUCAACAACAUCCACGACAACAUCGACAGAGCAACUGAUGGUCUUGAUGGCGCCCUUUCUAUUUACAAUCCGGAACCACAAUCGCUCGAGGCUGUCCCAGAUCUUGCAGCGGAAUUUGAGAGAAUUGCUACAAGAGUCUCGUCGGCCGAUGCGCUGCGCUUCAGCACCUCAUGGGACGACUCGGCGCAGCAAACACUGAGCUAUCGAGAUCUCAAUGCAACUGCCAACCAAACGGCACGCUUCCUGAUGAGUUCGGGGGCACAAAUCGGACAAGUUAUCGCGAUCGUCAUGGACAAGUCACCAGCGCUCUACCGCUCCAUACUCGCCAUUGUCAAGGCUGGGUGCGCGUACCUUCCCAUACUGCCAACUACGCCACUGGCACGAGUCAGUGAGAUCUUCCGUCAGGCCAGGACAACUCUCUGCCUUGCCGACGACUCUGCUUUGCGAGCCUUGGACCCGAUGCAUGACGUCAAGCUUCUGAAUGUAAAUGACAUUCGGUUGGAGUCUUUCUCUCGGGAGAACCUGCAAAUUCCUGCCGACGCGUCUCGCCUAGCGUAUGUCAUUUAUACUUCUGGUACGACUGGCUCGCCGAAGGGUGUUGCCGUCACACAAGGAAACAUCGUCAGCAAUAUCGCUCAUCUCCGCUCAACAUAUCCGGCCUCGUCGGCAAAUCAGCCGCGCUUCCUUCAGGCAUGUUCGCAGGCAUUUGAUGUGUCGGUGUUCGAGAUAUUCUUCGCGUGGCACGCUGGCAUGUGCUUAUGCUCUGCCACCAACGACGUGCUUUUUGAAGACCUUGAGAGCUCAAUCCGGCAACUGGGAAUCACCCACCUGAGCCUCACGCCAACUGUAUCGUCUCUCAUAGAUCCCUCCAAUGUCCCGGGAGUAGAGUUCCUCGUCACGGCUGGUGAGCCCUUGACCCAAUUUGUCUUGAACCGAUGGGGCGACAAGUUGUGGCAAGGCUACGGUCCGUCCGAGACGACCAACAUUUGCAGUGUUAAAAGAAUGGACCGCGGUGAGCAUAUUGAGCACCUGGGAUGGGUGUUCCCAAACACGUCCGUGUUUGUCAUGCCGCCGUCCGGACUUCGACCCAUCCCUAUCGGUUGGUUGGGCGAAUUCUGUUUCGGUGGCGACCAAGUCGCUCAAGGCUACUUGAACGACCCGCACCUCACGGGUGCAAGGUUCAUCACUCAUCCAGAAUGUGGGAGGAUCUAUCGGUCUGGAGAUCUAGGGCGGAUGCUCCCCGACGGGUCCUUGGUCAUACUGGGCAGACUCGAUGACCAACUGAAGCUGCGCGGACAACGCAUCGAAGCCGGCGAGGUGAACAGCAUUGUCACGAACAGUGACCUAGCAGAGUCUGCGGUUACGAUGUCUGUUCGACGAAGGGCGGGUUCGCCUGAGCAGCUUGCGUGCUUCUACGUUCCGGGAAGGUCAAACCCAGAGUUCAAUGCGCUUGAUGUCGGCUUCGAGACAAACCACCUCCUGUUUGACAUUGAGGGCCUCGAGCGACUCGUCGCUCCCUGCUUCAACACCGUUCCAAUGCGCAAGGACAUGUCUCGCAGCGCCCAGAACGUCGAGCUCAUCAGGUACUUUCAGAACCUGAACACGGAGAUGAUCCGCUACCAAUUCACGUCUCUCCGGCAUGUGCAGAAGCUCGCGAAUUGUCAACGUCGAGGCUUGUUCGACACGCUCUUAUUGCUUCAGCAACCUCUGCGAGAAAUGGAUGAACGAGUCUGGACAUUGGAGGAAGACUCGGGUGACAUGGAUGUCCCGCUUGUCUGCGAAGUGGUUCCGUGCCCGAAUCUCAACUCUGUUGUCGUGAACGUGCACUACGACAUGGGUAUAGUACCUGGCGAUGCAGCAACGGCGAUGGCCGACAUUUUCAAGCACAUCUUCCGCCAAAUACUGGAAUUUCCAAACGCCAGUCCGUUGGACAAGGAAUCGCUCCCGCCGCACUUGACGCUGGGUCUGAGAGACUUGGUUCCGAAGAGAGAGAAGUCGCAAGAACGCAUCCAACAACAGGCCGAUCCAGGGGACUGGACACAUACAGAGAGGCAAAUCCAGAACAUCGUCUCUGAACUCUCUAAAGUACCUCUGGCGAACGUGGCACGAAGCACCAGCAUUUUCCGACUCGGACUUGACAGCAUCAACGCCGUGCAGAUAGCCUCAAUGCUGCGCCAAGAGGGAUUGAAGGUGUCUGCGUCGGAUGUCAUCGAGUGCUCGACCUGCGAGAAGCUGGCGAGGAGAAUCACGCAUGCACCCAACCAGAAGAACGAAGCGACGACGUCUUCCUUCGAACUGCAGAAGUUCUCGGCGGAUGUAACGCCGCAGAUCAAGGAGAGGCUCCCGGAUUUGGGUCCGGUGGAGGCGGUCCUCCCCUGCACUCCCGUUCAAUCUGCCAUGCUUGUAUCGUUCGUUCAGACAGGCGCACACAACUACCUCAACAUGGUGUCAUACAAGCUCAACAAAGAUGUUGGAGUAGAGAGCCUGAAGGCAGCUUGGAUGGCCGUGGAGUGCAACCAUCCGAUGUUGCGAACGGGGUUCCUGUCCGUAAGCCAUAGCGACAGUAGCUUCGCCAUGAUCAGAUAUGCCCCCGGAUCGACCGAGUCGAUGGUCGAAUCCGUGGGUGGAAAUUUUGACACCCAACGGUGGAAGACUUUGUCGAGGUCUAAGAUCUUGCAAAGCUAUCAUCUGCCACCAUGGAGAGUUGCCUUGGUAGAGGCCGAGGAGGGAAUAACGAUGCAUGUGCUUGUACACCAUGCCCUCUACGACGCUUCCUCCCUCGACGGCAUUCUGUCAGCAGUCGCCGACCACCUCAUCGGACGGGCGUGCGUUUUCCCACAAGUUGAGCCGGCAUUGGCCGAGGUUCUCUUUCGGGGUGUCAAAGACCAGGCCGCCGCUCAGAAGUUCUGGGAAUCACAAGCCGGGGGCGUGGUCGUGAACAAAUUCCCUCUUAUGACUCCGCUGAGGGAGACGGCGACCGGCCUUGUCGCGCAUCGAAUGAAGUCGUCUAUGGACUUUGUGUCUCUCCGUGAGGCCACGAAAUCUUUGGGAACCUCUGUUCAGGCUGCCAUUCAAGCGUCAUGGGUGCGGGUGCUGGCAUCCUAUCUCGGAGAGAGCUCCGUCACUUUCGGAGUUACAAUGUCUGGGCGGACAACUGACGCCAUGCAAAACGCUCCGAUCCCUUGCAUUACGACGAUGCCGGUCAUUGCCUUGAACGCCAAGUCGAAUAUCGAUCUGCUGAGCAGCAUGAUGCAGUUCAAUGUGGAGCUUCACAAGCACCAGUAUGCGCCGUUGAGUCUCGUCCAAAAGUGGCUUGGGCAUCCUGCCUCGCCAGUCUUUGACACGCUGCUGGUGUAUCAGAGGAGGGAGGUCCUUGAAGCAUCGAAUCAGCCAUGGACCUUGGUUAACGACGAUGCCAUGGUGGAUUACGCUGUGUCGCUCGAAGUUGAGCCAGCUGGGGACGGUUCAGUCCAGCUAUGCCUGACAUUUGCACCCGACAUCUUGCCAAAUGAACAGGCCAGCAUUCUUCUACAGCAGUUCGACGCCACAUUGGAGCAUCUGCUGCGCGAUCCUGACGGGAGCGAGGAUGGCCUGUAUAAGAAGCGCCCUGAACUCUUCGCCAUCACGCCCGCCCCCGUGCCGUACAUUCCAGCACCGGUGUCGUUCCUCCACGAUUUUGUGGAACGAGGAGCUUCGCUCCAUCCAGACCGCGUAGCCCUCGAGUUUGUGAGUGGCUUUGAGAGCAGUUCUGUUGUUCGCCAGCUAUGGAGUUACCUGGAAUUUGACCUCCUUGGCAAUCGUGUGGCGAAUCUGCUCCGUGAGGGCAGCCGAACUGGCGAUAUCAUCGCCAUUCACUUCCAGAAAUGUCCCGAGGCUUAUUUCUCAAUCCUCGGUAUUCUCAAGGCGGGCUGUUCCUUUGUUGCACUGGAUCCAAAUGCCCCCAGGGCACGGAAAGAGUUCAUCUUGCGAGACUCGCAGGCCACUUGCUUAUUAACUGACAAAAGCACUACGGUGGAUUUCGAAGUCUCCACGAGGUUGCUGCGAAUUGACGAAGGGUCUCUGCAAAAAUACGGAGACAAAGCGCCUCAGCUUGGUGACGAGUUCACGCCUGAGAAUACGUGCUACUGUUUGUACACGUCGGGGACCACUGGCACGCCAAAGGGUUGCGAAAUCACGCACGACAACGCGGUCCAGGCAAUGAUGGCGUUCCAACACCUCUUCGAGGGGCACUGGCAGGAAGACUCGCGCUGGCUGCAGUUUGCGGCGCUCCAUUUUGACGUCUCUGUGCUGGAGCAAUACUGGAGCUGGUCCACUGGCAUCACGGUCGUCGCUGCACCUCGAGAUCUUAUACUUGAUGAUCUCACAGGAUCGAUCAACAAGCUCGGCAUCACUCACAUCGAUCUUACUCCAUCCUUGGCAAGACUAACGCACCCCGACGAGGUACCGAGUUUGUGCAAAGGAGUCUUCAUCACCGGAGGCGAGUCCCUCAAGCAGGAGAUCUUGGACGCGUGGGGUUCCAAAGCCGUCAUAUACAAUGCGUACGGUCCAACCGAGGCUACAAUCGGCGUGACGACAUAUCCACGAGUGCCCGUCAACGGCCGUCCAAGCAACAUAGGGAGGCAGUUCCUCAACGUGGGGUCGUACGUCUUUCAGCCGGGCACUGAGAUCCCCGUCCUCCGAGGCGGCGUUGGCGAGCUGUGCGUUUCGGGCAAGCUGGUCGGGAAAGGCUACUUGCAUCGGCCAGACCUGACGGCGGAGCGCUUCCCGACACUGUCUGAUUUUGGCGACCGUAUCUACCGAACCGGCGACUUGGUUCGUAUCCUUUACGAUGGGUGCUUCGAUUUCCUUGGUCGGGCAGAUGAUCAAGUCAAACUGCGCGGCCAGCGCCUCGAAAUUGGAGAGAUCAAUCACGCCAUCCGCACCGGAGCGCCAGAUGUGAAAGACGCAGCGACAAUUGUUGUGCGGCAGGAGUCAAGCGGUAAAGAUGUGCUGGUUUCGUUUCUGGUGGGAGAUACCGACGGCGCCGCAAACCUCACGGUGCUCCCCGAUACAGAUGGGCUUGCCGCCAAGGCUCGUGUGGCCUGCCUUGAGCGACUCCCGGGUUACAUGGUUCCGACCUACUUCCUGCGGCUACCGCACAUCCCGCUAUCGCCAAACAACAAAGUUGAAGCAAAGGAGUUGAAGCUCCUGUUUGGGAGCUUGUCCUACGAAGAUCUCAUCCAAUUCUCAGCUGCAGCGAUGACCUCCAGCAACGGUCAAGUGGACCAGGCGGCCCUUGACAAGAUAUCACAGAUCCUUGCAGAUUUCAGUCAGGUCUCCAGGGAUAGCAUCUCUGCGUCGACGAGCAUCUUUGACCUUGGAGUCGACUCGAUUUCUGCGCUUCAAUUGUCGACUCGGCUAAAAUCUCAAGGCUUUCCUGCCGCUUCGCCCGUCGUCCUGCUUCGAAGCCCCGUCGUUGCCGACCUUGUUGUGGCCUUGUUAAGUAAAGAACCCGCAAGCGAGGGCGCGCGGGGAUUGGGCGCCGUCAGGGCCGCCAAACAAGCGAUCCAGGCGUGCAACCAUCGGUAUCGGCCCCUCGUAUGCCGCGAACUGGGCGUAAGGCCAGACGACAUUGAGUAUAUCGCGCCUUGCUCGCCACUUCAGCAAGGAAUCAUCUCCAAAGCGUUGACGAACGAGAUCCGCGGCGCAUACUUCAACUCCUUUGUGCUGACAGUCGAUCGAACCGCAUCGAUUGAGCGCGUGAGAGAGGCCUGGGAUCGACUGAUUGAUGCCAAUGCCAUCCUGCGAACUGUGUUUCUGGAGACGCCGAAUGGCCAUGUUCAAGCUGCGCUGAAGAAGUCUGGCAUUACAUGGGAAAGGCGUACUACGGAGUUGGGUGAGGAGAUUGACGAGAUCAUUCGAACGACACGCCAGGACUGGAUCUCGCGCAACCGCGAACAAAUCCUCCAUCCGAUGCAUCUAACCCACCUCACAGCCGCGGGCUCAGACAUGGUCAUCCUCCAUAUCUUCCAUGCCCUGUAUGAUGGCAACAGCUUUGACCUCAUGAACGACUACGCCUCGGCCUUUUACCAUUAUCAAGAGAGCCAGUCUGCUCCAGAGUUUCUCGACGCACUGUCUCACGGCCCCUUGGGCAAGUACGAUCACUCUCGGCCAUUUUGGGUCGAGCAUCUUGACGGCUGGUCCCGGGUGCCCAUCUCUGCGGUUGCGCCACCUCUGGAAGUAGGGCCUCCCGUUAUCGCAACGCGAUCUGUGCCUCUCACUCAGUUCGAGCAACUUCGGGCGAGCCACAACGUCACACUGCAGACCGUCAUUUUGGCGCUUUGGACAUCCGUGCUGCAAGCUCACCUCGGAGGCAAGCUGACAGUUGGCAUCAUUGUCUCUGGUCGUACAACUGACCUGCAAGGCGUUGACCGAACUAUUGGGCCUUUAUUCAACACCGUUCCGUUCUUCAGCAAGACCUUGAAUGGCCAGACCUGGCCAGCGCUGAUUCGACGCGUCCAUAGCUUCAACACGGCCGUCCUCGCUUUCCAACACGUCCCACUCAAAGAUGUACAAAAGUGGUGCUCUGGCGGCCAGGCACUUUUUGAUAACCUUCUCGCGUUCCAAAUCGAGCAGCAAGCCCUGGACGACGCGGCGGCACCCUGGACGAUCGCAGACAGCCCAAGUCAGCCAGACUACCCGCUGGCAAUGGAAGUGACGCGGACUCGCAACGGCGCGCUGCGACUUGCGUUGGUGGCGCAAAGCCAUGUUGCGGACAUUGCAGUCCUUGAGGAACUACUCGACCGCAUGGAGGCUGCAGCAACGAGUGCCCAAGAGGGCGGGUUUGUUGUUCCAGGUUCAGUCGAUAUCACGAGCUGUGACGCCAUUCAAUCAGAAGUCCCGGCUAUGUCUGGAGCGCUUGAUCUCAGCGAAGAAUUCCGGUGGACGGAUCAGGCCCGACUCGUACAGAAUGAAAUGGCGAGCCUUGCAGACGUUCCGCCCGAGCAAAUUAGCCCGUUCACGACAAUGCUUGAGCUUGGGCUGGACAGCAUCGACGUGAUUAAGCUGUCCACCAGACUCAAGCGCCAUGGCGUACAAAUUUCGGCGUCGCGCCUCCUGAAGGGUCAGACCAUUACGCGGGUUCUUUCGGAUCUUUCGUCCGACAAUGUCGUCUCUAGCCCGGCGGUGGGCGACAUUCUCGAUGACCUUGGGCCAAAGCUACGCGAGCAGGUGCAACGAGCCAAUAUUGACAUGGGAAAUGUCGAGUCCAUCUUGCCACCGACUGCGCUUCAAGAGUCCAUGGUUGCGGGCAUGCUCGAAUCAGAUUUCGAAUGGUACUUCAACCACGAUGUCCUGGAGGUUGCUGACAGCGUCGACAUGGACAAGCUCCGAGCGGCCUGGGAGCAAGUCAUAGCGCAGUCACCUAUCCUGCGAACAGGCUUCGUUGAAAUCGACGAUACGUCUCUGGACAUGUCGUUUUGCCAGGUCGUGUUUAAACGGGGAGCUGCGCACAUGGCGUCCGAAGAUCUCUCUGAGUUCUCCGAGACUGACACGCUAACGAAAGCGGCAACACGGCGAGCCGCCAAAAGCCGCGCGCUGUCGAAUAUAGUGCAGAUUGCCUUUGCAACAUUCGGCGAGCGGCGUUUCGUCGUGCUGUCUCUUGCACAUGCGCUGUAUGACGGAUGGUCGUUGGGUCUGCUCUACCAAGAUCUUCAGGCUGCGUACGAAGGCCGAGCCAUGUCCCGCCCGAAUCCAAACUUGUUCAUCUCGAAGGCUCUUGCCUCUCAAAGUUCACAGGCGCGCGCGUUUUGGUCGACAUAUCUCGACGGUGUUGUACCUACGGUUCUCGCAGGCCAGGUCCAAGGGACUGCAAUUACACAACCAAGCCUGCAUCGGGCGGAGACUGCCUCCCGCACGACACCAUCUGAGAUUGCGGCAUUUUGCAAGGACAAUUCGGUUAGCCUACAGGUCGUCUGCUUGGCCUGUUGGGCAAUCGUUCUUGCCCAGAGAACCCGGUCGCUCGACGUCAUCUUUGGACUGGUCCUGUCUGGACGAGAUUUUGACGGUGCCGAAGACCUGAUGUUCCCGACCAUGAACACGGUUGCCAUGCGUUGCCUGCUUCACGGGUCGGUCACGGGCUUUCUCAAGUACCUCGAGGAGACGAUGGCAGACAUCCGCGAGUACCAAUCCUUUCCUCUGCGAAAGGCCCAAGCCGCUGCCAAGGUUGCCACCACGGAGAUGUUCAACUCCUUGUUUCUCCUACAGAAAGCUCCAGAAGAAGAUUCAGCAGCCGGAAGGCUACUUCAGUCUGUUGACGGCGUUUCUGCAGUGGAUUAUCCGGUGUGCGUCGAAGCAGAGCAGACUCGUGAACGGCUCGUCUGGCGCAUCGCCUGUCAAAGCAAGUUCUUCUCGCAACAAGAUUCAGAGAACCUGAUUGAGAACCUGGACAGUGUCCUGGAGUUCUUCUGUGGCUCCCCGACCUCAGAGCUUUUGGAGUUUCACGGUUCCGGUGUUUCGAUAUGCGGGGCAGCUCCGGAGACGAUGAACGAGGGUGCAUCUGCUAUGCCUUCCCAGGACGGCGGUGAACUCGACGAGGAGAAGCAAUGUGGCGUGACGGCUUUGUUGAUACGAGAAACCUUGAGCCACGUUUCGGGUGUCCCAGAGGAUGCCAUCAAGCCUUCUUCUACGAUCUACCAUCUUGGUCUUGAUUCCAUAAGCGCGAUCAAGGUGUCGGUUUUGCUGCGCAAAAAGGGUGUCACACUGCGCCCCCGAGACCUCGUUACUGCCUCGAGCAUUCGAGAGCUGGCUAAUAUGGCAACGACGGCGGAAGGGGUUGUCGCUGAAGCGGCUCAACCGUCCGGAACCUGGGUACCGCCCAGUGAAGUGGAUGUGGACGGACUGAUCGUCGAAUGUGGCAUCUCGGCAUCCGAUGUCGAGAUCAUUCUUCCCGCUACUCCGCUGCAGGUGUACAUGCUUACGGCGUGGAGCAAAAGCGGUGGUUCAAUAUUUUAUCCAGAGUUCUGUUAUCGAAUCGAGGGAGUCGUGGAAGAAGCCGACGUCUACCGCGCGUGGGACAGACUCGUCGCCACGACACCUAUCCUGCGCACGAGGCUUAUUGCCACUGGGUCCAAGGAUCUGCCGUUUGUGCAAGUCGUUGCGUCUGCGGACGCCGUGCAAUCGAAGCGUGUAACGCAGCCGUUGGUUCGCAUCUGUGUGGCGAAGGACCAGAGUGACGGGGCGAUCACAUUUAGACUCACCAUUCACCACGCAUUAUACGAUGGUGUCAGCCUUCCCGCGCUUGUCGCACAGCUGGCCGGUCUACUCAACGAGGGCGAGGCUACUGCUGCGGAGGCCGAUAAUGCUCCGUGGGCCAGUUUUGCCGUCCGACCCAUGACUGCAAGCUCCCGCGAUGCGAGGAGAGAGUUUUGGACCGAAUACCUGCGCGGUGGUUCGCCGGAUGUUGCUCCCCGCCCGGUCGUGUCAAGCAUAAGCGAUCGCACGGCAUUCUUCGACGGCGCGGCCAUCGCAGACUCGUCAGAAUUGCAGCUCCUAGCAGCGCAGCACGGCAUCGGCCUCCAGGCCCUCUUCCUCGCCGCGUACGCCCGCUCCAUAGCCGGCCCGUCUACCUCAUCCAUCCUCUUUGGCGUAUACCUCGCCAACCGCAGCGGCGAGGCCGACGCCCCUUCGACGCUCUUCCCUACGCUCAACCUCGUGCCCCUUAAGGUCGUCGGCCUGUCUCCUGAUGUGGACUUGGUGGCCGUCGCAAAGACCAUUCAGCAGGAUAUCCACGCCGUGAGCAGCCAUGGGCGUGCGGAUGUCGGUCUUUGGGAGAUUUACGAGUGGACGGGCGUGACGCUGGAUGCGUUUAUUAAUUUCCUUAGCUUGCCGGAUGAGGGGCCGAGUUCCUCCACGAAGAACAUCACGGUGACGCCGGUCAAGGACGGACAUGUCACAGGAGGUAGUUCUGACUCGUCUGCCCUCCUCGGCGAGCCGUGGCUGCAGAGAAACGCCGUCGCGGAUGCAUACCCCAUACCCAUCGACGUGGAAGCCGCGCUGCAGGCCAACGGCGGGCUUGCCAUCGGCGUGUUUGGGCCCCGCGAGAUCCUGUCUGAAGACAGGGCCAGGGCCAUGGCGGGGAGCGUGGCGACGCUGCUUCGUGGAGCGGCGGCGGAGGCGCAGUGA